UGUUAGAAAUGGGAGGUUCGACUACUUUUACUGACUCGAGUUUUUAUGAGUCACUCACUAAAGUCACUUGAGUCACUGAGUCAGUCACCUAGUGCCUGGGGAAUCCUCCACUGGUGAACAAACACUUGUCUACCGAUUACAGCCUACAACUUGGGCCCUGACUAGUAAAAAUAAAUAAAUCUCAUGAAAUAUUUGUCUUGGAGAAUGUUGGUGAUUUGAAUAGAGCUGUCUGAUGGUUCAAUACUUGAAUUAAUAUGAUGCUGUAGUGUUCACAUUCAGACAUUAAUUUAAACUUGCCUUGCUAAUUAGCUAGCAAGGUAGCUGGCUAAUGCAACUUCCUAUGUAAAUGAGAAGCAAGCUAGCUAAUGAUGUGUUGGACAGUUUGAUGGAGGUUGAUGCAGUGGGAUCCAGCAUGCAUGUGAUUUUUGGCUUAAGAAAAUGAAACAUUGCAUGUUCAUCUCAUUAUAAAGACCUGAUACAUGACUGUUUUGUUUAACACACACUAGUGGCAUUUGCUGCCAACAGUACAGCUCAGAAGAAGCACUCAGUUUGUUUCAGAGCUAUUCACUCGUGAGUUAGCACAAUAGUGACAUGUCUCGCAGCGUCUUUGCAGUUCGCACUAGCUAGCUAGCAGGUAGGAGGGAUGAGUCAUUGAACGAGUUAGUGGAGACAAGGACUUGUCACUCCCGAAUCAAUAAAUUGUUUGUUUCAAACAAUUUGUUCAUGACUCGCACAUCACUAAUGUCUGUCACCCAGAAAGAUGUCCUCCACCAACUCUGAUCAGAGUCUGAGGACACAACUCAAUAGAUUUGCCUGUGAGAGGAAGAUAUGACGUUUGCAGGCUCCCUUUGGAUCCUUUGGUUUCUCCUGGUGCGCAGGGUGGCAGCGGGUGCUGAGACCAUUCCAGACCCAUCACUCAGGCCUGGACAGAGCAUAGUAGAGGGAUGGGGCCAGGCGGUGAGCCAGGGUCAAUACAAAUGUCUUGAGCUGUCCAACAAAGACCACCAACAAAACAGAACUGGUACAUUCUGCAGACAUAUGUGGGAUGGCUUGUUGUGCUGGGAAGAGACACCACCGGGGACAUCUGUGACACAGAACUGUCCAGAUUACUCUGGCUUGGACCCCACUGAAAAGGUGACCAAAUAUUGUGACGAAUGGGGUAAGUGGGUCCAGACUGGGUCCACUUGUCAAUCUUCAAAGGAGAUAUUGGAGAAGGAAGUCUCCCAUAUUUUAAGGGAUGCUGCAGUGGAGCCGACCUCAGUGGUUGACACAGAAAAGGGGAGUUUUAUGGAAAAGAUUAUCCAUGAGAACGAAAAGAAAUGCUCGGUGAAAAUGAAGGAAGAUCCACCUUAUAAUAAAUCAGGGCCGUACUGCAGUCGUAACUGGGAUGGCUGGUUGUGCUGGGACGAUACUCCAGCGGAAACCUAUGCCACCCAAAACUGCCCAUAUUAUAUUGCUGACUUUGAGCCCACAAAAAAGGCAACUAAGCACUGUGGAAAGGAUGGGAAGUGGUUUCACCAUCUGGAGAGCAACAGGAGUUGGACCAACUAUACACUCUGCGUCACCGCCCAUGGGAAGAGGUCCACGAAACUGAAAUUGCUUGAGAAUGAGUACCAAUGCCUCCUGAAAAUAAACCGAGACCCACCUUUUAACAAAUCAGGGCUGUACUGCAGUCGUAACUGGGACGGCUGGCUGUGCUGGGAUGAUACUGCAGCGGCAACCUAUGCCACCCAAAAUUGCCCAGAUUAUUUUCCUGACAUGGAUCCCACAGAAAAGGCAACAAAGUACUGUGGAAAGGAUGGGCAGUGGUUUCACCAUCCAGAAAGCAACCAGACUUGGACCAAUUAUACACUCUGCAUUUUCAACACUACGGAGAAACUGAGGAAGACAGCCGCCCAGCUCUCAGGGGACACUGAGGUAGAACUUGCCGAUGAGGCCACGGUGAGUCCUAUGGUGAACCCAGAGGAGCAGGAAAUUGUGACAAAGAAAAUCCUCGACAGCCAAUACAAAUGCUUCGAGAAAAUGAAUCGAGAUCGACCUUAUAACAAGUCAGGUCUAUACUGCAGUCGUAACUGGGAUGGCUGGCUGUGCUGGGACGAUACUCCAGCAGGAACCUAUACCUCCCAAAACUGUCCCAAUUAUUUUGUCGACUUCGAUCCUACAGAAAAGGCAACUAAGUACUGUGGGGAGGACGGGCAGUGGUUUCGCCACCCGGAUACCAAUAGGACUUGGUCCAACUAUACACUCUGCAAUGAAAACACUAAGGCAAAGUUAAAGUCGGCGUACAUCCUGUUUUACAUGGCAAUUGUGGGUCAUGCUUUAUCUAUAGCUUCCCUGCUCAUCUCUCUGGCCAUCUUCUUCUACUUCAGGAGUCUGAGCUGCCAAAGAAUCACCCUGCACAAGAACCUCUUCUGCUCCUACGUGCUCAAUUCUGCCCUAACCAUAAUCUACCUCAUAGCAGUGGUCAAUAAUCCUGAAGUUGUGAGCAGAAACCCGGUUGGAUGUAAGGUAUUACACUUCUUCCACAUGUACAUGCUGGGCUGCAAUUAUUUCUGGAUGCUCUGUGAAGGAAUCUACCUGCACACGCUCAUCGUGGUGGCUGUGUUUGCAGAGGAGCAGCAUCUGCACUGGUACUACCUCCUGGGCUGGGGCUUUCCUCUAGUGCCUGCAUCCAUCCACGCCGUGGCAAGGAAAAAGUUUUUUGAUGACAACUGUUGGAUGAGUGUGGAAACCCAUCUGCUCUAUGCGGUCCAUGGUCCUAUAGUGGCAGCUCUGCUUGUGAAUCUCUUCUUCUUACUAAAUAUUAUAAGAGUGUUGGUAACUAAGUUGAGAGACACGCACCGGGCAGAGUCCAACAUGUACAUGAAGGCCGUGAGAGCCACCCUGAUCCUGGUGCCCCUGCUUGGAAUACAGUUUGUCAUUUUUCCCUGGAGGCCAGAGAACCGGCUGGCUGGGGAGGUGUACGAGUACAUCAUGCACAUACUCAUGCACUACCAGGGUUUGCUGGUGGCAACAAUAUUCUGCUUCUUCAACGGAGAGGUGCAGGCAGCUCUGAAGAGACAGUGGAUGCAGUAUAAGACUCAGUGGGGCCAGAGACGAAAGGACCACUGUUCAAUGCGCUCCACCUCCUACACAGCCACCUCCAUCACAGAGGUGCCUGCCUUCAUGUACCACCAUGACUGCAACAGCGAACACUUGAACGGGCGCCAAACAGAGGACCCUGAACUAGUGGCACUAAAAUCAGGAGAUACAUACCCCUAAGCCCUUGAGUCACACCGAGGAUCAUGAGUGUUGCAGUGGGAACAGCCUAAAAAGAGCAACAGAGAUGUACAGUAAGAAAAGAAAACACAUUCGCUUUUCCCGCCACAUCUCAGUGAUUAAAUCUCAUGAGGCUAAUGCUGGUUUGUUUAGCCCAGGACGAUAAUACGGGUCUGGAAAUCAAAAACUCAUUGAGACGGAGAUGGAUUAGCUACAAGGCUGACACUUCAUAUUACUUUACAUUGCUGCUGCGGCUGCUUUUUGAGAACUUUUGAUGUUGAGAGCUGCUUCUGACAUGAGUCACUUCCUUAAGCUGCUAAACUGUGGAAGUGCCGUUCACAGUGACGGAGCCCCGUGAUGGCGUGGAGACGGAAAUAAGCGUGACUGUGAUGACAGCAGAGGUGGCGAUGUUUUCUGUAUGAGAAGAUUUGAUGGUGACGAUGAUACCGUCAUGAGUGACAUGAUGUUGACAUGACGAAUAAUUAUGUGUGAUAGUGAUGAUCAUCAAGGUGAAGAAGAAGAA